AUGAAUAAAUCUGAGCAAACAGGAGCUCACGAUCUGCUUUCAAUGUUAAACGAUGUUGAGUUAAUGUCUGUUAAAGAUACUGUCACUAAAUCAAUGAUAUCAACAGAAUCUCGCGAUGAAGCGAUCGAUGCCUGUUUAAAAUGUUCACAAUCAGCAAUGCAAUUGUUACGACGAAAGAAAAUUCGACGAGAUAUUCUUAUGCAGUAUUUAGCUAGAAAGUCGAUAACAAUUAGUUCAGGUGCUGAUAAGGUAAAACUCAUUAAACAAAUAAUCGAUUUUUGGAAUAAUGGUUCUCAAUCAAAACCAAACGACACUUCAUCUUCAGUCACAUUGACCAGUAUCAACCAACUAUCGCAUCAAUUUACUGAAUGGUUUUACACAUCAUGGAAUAGUCUAUCAACAUUUCAAUCGGACCAUUUUUUCCCCGAUUGUCAAUUGACUCUUAUACAUGAAAACAAUCGUCGAGUUUUAGGUGCAUAUUAUGUCUGCGACGCUCUUCGUUCUUACGUUUCCAAUAGAGAUCUACGCUUCUAUCCAAAUCCACAGUCAAACAAAGUCGAAGAAUCGAAACACGGCCUUGUUUUAAUUCAAGUUCACGGAACAAUACAUCAACGUAAUACGUGCACCGGCAUAUUCGAUCAAUCAUUUGGUUUAGUGCGUGAUCCAAAUCAUUGUAAUAAUUAUUUAAUUAAAUUUUGCUUUCUUAAUAUGCAAACGCAAGAACCACCACCAUCACCACCGUCACAACAACAAUUGUUGUCAGCCAAUCAAUCGAUACCAACCUAUCUUGUUGAUAUCAUGCAGAAUUAUGAUCAAACUAUGCAACAGCAAAUUGAUUCAACUGAUUAUUUUAUUGAUGAGCCAGAUAACGAGAGUGAUUGA